CCUCUCACUCCACUCAUCCCUCUCUCACAUUGCCAUUGGCGUACUACUCUCAAGGUCUCGAGAAAACCAAGGAAGACACUGUGCCGUGCCGUGCCUUGCCUCGCCAUGUCGUCCUCCAUGGUGUCCAAGAACCCGCCUCCGGCGGCGCACGGAGACAGAGACGGCGAAGACGGGGGCGGAGGAGCCGCCACCGCGGUGGCGCCGGUGACGAGCUGCCUGUACCUGCACAGGCCCGGCCCCGGCGCUGGGGCGCUGGACAAGGACGCCGUGCUGCGCCGCAUCCGCCACCGGAGGCGCGCCAACCGCCUCCGGGACACGCUGCGCUCCAUGCUCCAGGCGCCGCCGCCGGAGCCGGACAUCAAGAACGGCGAGCGGCAGCUCGCGUGGCUCGACGACGCCUUCUCGGCGCCGUAGCUUAAUUAGUAACUGGUGGAUCUUCACUUGCGCAGAUUAAGCGAAUCCGAUGAUCCAUUGUACACUCUUCUCUUCUCUUCUCCUUGUGUAGAUCGAUCAAGAACAAGUGCAAAAUAAUC